UUCUGUUUCUUCCAAUACUAUAAACCGUCUCUUGCAACAAUUGACCUGCUUAACUAUCUGCAAUGGCUGAAGUGCCCGAGAAGGGUUGUACCGCAUGCGGAUGGACAGCGGAUAAAGAAAAGCGUUGCCAUUACACGAGCCAUCUCAAACUCUUCUACGGUGCAUCUACUCGGGGUGUUUGGUCCAUCGGAUCAGAUGUGAUUUUGAAAGACCGACCCGACGAGGGCCCAAAGGCAAAAGUCGAAGUCAAAACUUUGAAUUACUUAGCGACACAUACCGAAAUUCCCGUCCCCAAGGUCUUACGCGACUGGGUCGAUCGAGAUGGGCGAUACUUCGUUUUGAACGAACGUAUUGGCGGUCAGACACUUGAGGAGACAUGGGCAUCUUUGUCAGAGGCGCAAAGAAUAGAAAUCGCAGAUCAAGUCGUUGGAGUGCGCAAGCAGCUGCGAUCUGUGACUUCAAGCUCAAUUCAGUGUGUUGAUCAGAGUCCAUGCUAUCCAGGCUUAUUGUUUUUCGAUCUUGAGCCCCGUGGACCGUUUCACUCUGACCAAGAGCUCUGGGAUGCUCUUGCCGUCAACCUGAGUCACCUCCCACAACAAGUUUUGCAGAAUCUGAGAAGGCGUCUCCCGAAAUGUGAGCCCUAUGUACUUACUCACUGCGAUCUCAACUUGGGAAAUAUCAUGAUCCAAGAUGGGAAGGUUGUCAGUAUCCUCGAUUGGGAGUAUGCUGCCUUCUUUCCUAUUUGGUACGAGUAUGUCUCUGCCUCUUUCGGAUUUACAAAAAUGGACGUCGAAUGGAAAAAGUUACUACGAGAGCGCCUAGGUAUACAUGAUGAGGCGCAUGAAGAUGCGAAGUUAUUCUGGACGGAUAUGUGCAAUCUCAGACAAUACCCGAACCUGGACAACGAAGGUCGGAAAAGCCUAGAAAAAUAUUCUACGACAAUCUUGAAAUAGUACCAACAUGCUGACUUUUCAGAACUAUUUACCAAAA